AUGGGGGGCAUUCCUCAGUGCGGGCUGUCGGCCGGGGGGAUUUCAGCUCCAGUGGUCUACUUUGUGGAUUAUGUCACCAACUCCAUAUACCUUGAAGAUAUUGUAGGCUCAGUUACGGUUCAAGAUCAUAUUAAUUCUGUACAACGGAGUGGAAAUGAUACCAGUAGCCUCCUUAUCUUAGCAGAGAAGAUGGGUGAGCUGUUAGCAAGAAUGCACGAUGAAGAUAUUAUACAUGGGGAUCUCACAACUUCCAAUAUACUUCUGCGGCCACCCACGGAGAAGCUGGACCUGGUGCUGAUAGACUUUGGACUCAGUUUUAUUUCAGGUCUUCCAGAAGACAAAGGAGUAGAUUUGUAUGUUCUAGAAAAAGCCUUCCUCAGUACUCAUCCGGAUACUGAAACUAUGUUUAAAGCUCUGCUAAAGACCUACGCGGCUACAUCGAAAAAAUCUGGACCUGUCAUCAAAAGGCUGGAUGAAGUACGACUCAGGGGCAGGAAGAGAUCCAUGAUUGGGUAG